AUGGAACCUGAAAAGCUCACUUCCAUUAAUAACUGUGUCACUCACCACUACGACGAUGGAAAUUAUGUGGGAAUGGUUGAUCCUGAAAAGGACAGCACUGCUUUUUCGAAAGAAAAUGAACCAGCCAAAGGUUCACCGACUGAUAGCAGAUCCAGUGGCUUAUCAACUCAGAUCUUACCAAUUGAGAUCUAUUCGUUUGGUAAACCUCGUGGAUAUGCUGUAUAUCGCUGGAACGACAGUGAUUCUAGAUAUGGAAAGACAUAUACCAAAGCUGAUGCAAUUGCCGCAGACGAGUUGAUGUCAAGAGCGGGUUUCAGUAGAGUCAAGGAUACUGUUCAGAUAUCUUUGAAUCCCAUGGACCCUGAACAAUUCCCUUCCAUCAACAACAGUAUCACUCACCACUAUUAUGAUGGAGAUUAUUUGGCAAAAAUGGAUCCUGGAAAAGGCAGUACUACUUUUUCGAACGUGAUCAAGAGUCCCGAAGAAUUGUCCGAAACCAACCGUGACUUUACUCCAAGUGCAGCCUUUCCUUCUACUGCCGAGUGA